CUCAUUUAGCUAUCGCGCCAUGGGGAACGACCACGCGGUCCACGACGCGGGGCUGUUGGCCGGGCGUGGGCCAGAGACCCUGGGGACUGACGCCGGGCUUGGGGGCGCGGGCGCGGCGGCGCUGGUGGGGGGCGUGCUGCUCAUCAGCAUGGUGUUGGCGGGGAACUCGCUCGUGUGCGUGAGCGUGGCCUCCGAGCGCACUCUGCAGACACCCACCAACUACUUCAUCUUGAGCCUGGCGGCCGCCGACCUCCUCCUCGCAAUACUAGUGCUGCCUCUCUUUGUCUACUCCGAGGUCCAGGGUGGCGUGUGGCUGCUGAGCCCCCGCCUCUGUGACACCCUCAUGGCCAUGGACGUCAUGUUAUGCACUGCCUCCAUCUUCAAUCUGUGCGCCAUCAGCGUGGACAGGUUCGUGGCUGUGACGGUGCCGCUGCACUACAACCGUCAGGGCCAGCGCCAGCUGCUGCUCAUCGCUGCCACAUGGUUGCUGUCCGCCGCGGUGGCUGCGCCGGUGCUGUGCGGCCUCAACGAUGUGCCCGGCCGCGAUCCAGCCGUGUGCCGCCUGGAGGACCGCGACUACGUGGUCUACUCGUCCGUUUGUUCCUUCUUCCUGCCCUGUCCGCUCAUGCUACUACUUUACUGGGCCACUUUCCGCGGCCUGCGGCGCUGGGAGGCAGCCCGGCACGCCAAGCUGCACAGCCGUGCACCGCGCCGACCCAGCGGCCCCGGCCCGCCGGUGUCCGACAGUGCUCCGGGCCCCUUCUUCCCAGACUGUCUGCCCCCCUCACCCAGCCUCCUGCAGAGCCCCAGCGGCUCCAGCCGGCCUGAGCCAGAUCCCUCUCAGGGACUCUGCGGUCCGGAGUGUCCGCUCCCCGAUGCAGGGCUCCCGCCAGCGCCAGCGCCAGCGCCGCCUUCCCGCAGAACGAGGGGCGCCAAGAUCACGGGAAGGGAGCGCAAGGCAAUGAGAGUCCUGCCCGUGGUAGUCGGGGCCUUCCUGAUGUGUUGGACGCCUUUCUUCGUGGUGCACAUCACGCGGGCGCUGUGUCCGGCUUGUCUCGUGCCCCCUCGCCUGGUCAGUGCCGUCACCUGGCUAGGCUAUGUCAACAGUGCCCUCAACCCCAUCAUCUACACCGUCUUCAACGCCGAGUUCCGCAGGGUCUUCCGCAAGUCUCUCUGUCUCCGCUGCUGAAAAGGUCACUGGUGUCCUGAGGUCAAGCAGAUCCAAGCCUGUGUGCGGAGUACGCUGACGCUCAUUAGUCUGAUUAAACUAAUUAUUUCCUAA